AUGAGCUACGACUUCGGGUUUUUGAAGACCCUUCCUUUCGCUGAUAGAAAAUAUGAAACAGUGAACAAAAUCACAGAGUGCUGUUCCUUUAAUCUUGCUAAAGAUGGUAGACCGGUUACACUCGUUCCAGCCAAUGAAGCGAAGGACCUUCCAUUGGCCCUUUUGGAGAUUUUGCACAGAGAGUUCAACUAUGUCAUCGAGGAAGGUCAGACAUAUCCUCACUAUUUGCCUAUGACGUAUGGACAGUUUUUGGCAUACCUCUUUGAAGGUAUGGUCGCUGUAUUAAUUAAUGGAGAUUUUAACAAGGACGAUUUCGAUAAGCCAGUAGAAUUCUGGGAUCAGAAGUACCUUGGCCACUUCUACAUCAAGCCUAACUAUAUUGGUAGAUGCUCACAUGUGUGCAACGCAGGCUUUAUUGUCAACCACAAAGUUAGAGGACUCGGACUAGGCAAAGAGAUGGGCAAAAAGUACCUCGAAUGGGCACCCAAGUUGGGUUACGUGUACAGUGUCUUCAAUCUCGUGUUCGAAACGAACAUCGCUAGUAAGAAAAUUUGGGAUUCGUUGGGCUUUGAACAGAUUGGCUUCGUCAAGAACGUGGCAGUUCUCAAGGGGCAUGAUAGGUUGAUCGGUGCCUACAUGUACGGAAAGGAUCUCAUAUGA